AAUUAGUUGCAGUCUUAUGCUCGUCGCCGAUAGUCGAUAAUUGCCCGCCCGCCCCCGCGUUUUAGCUGAGUGUGUAAAGUUAAAACAACAAUUCCCAAAUACAAAAGGAAAAUCCAACAUUCGUGAGCCUAGCGACCGACGUCGAUUGAAGUUAUUUACCGAAAUUCAUAAAGUUGUGAUAUAUAUAUAUAUUUGAUAUUAAUUAUAGUAAGCAUCUAAUAUAUAUACAGUGCUGUGAAUUGGCCAUGCGAGCUAUAUAUUUAACAACAAGCUGGAAAUGGCAAUUGAUGCAGCAAAAUGAAACGUAGAAAAACGAGAAAUAAAACGCCAAGACCAGCUGGAGUCAUGUCAUGGGAUUGUUAUAUAAAGGUUCCAAACUCUUGAACAUAAUUCUGGAUUCCCUGGAAGAUCAAGAGGGUGGAGCUAUGUACAUAUCGUGCGAUGUCUCAAACGGAGGUCCUGUGGAACCAGAAACGGGCUACGUGCCCAACAAUCCAUUAUUCGGCCUGGCACUGGACAGUCCGCAGCAAGAGUGCGCUGCAUCCUGCGUUGGCUGUUUAUCCUGCCAAGGCAACACCGCCCUGCCCAUCUCCUCCCUGACCAGCAGCGACUUUGACUGCGGCGGCUGUUUCGAUCCAACGAUUGGCGUACUGGGCAGUCAGAUAAAUACAACACCGCCGGCUAGCAAUCUAUCAGCGUCUGGGAGCGGCGUCGGCAAUCACAACAACGGCGCCGCGCUUGCUGGCAACGGCAACAGCUACUGGAGCACCGACGAGAUGGCCUCCACAUUUCCCGGCCUACCGCCGCUGGAUAUUGAUCCGCUGCCCAGCCUAUUCCCGUUCUCGCCCUGUGGUGCGUCCUAUAAUUUCGCAAGCAACCCGCAUCAGGCGUCACUCUCCUACACCGUGCAUCCGCAUCAGAUGCUGAUCUCACCGAACGGCAGUCAGCAGCAGCAAUCGCAGUCAUCUACACAUCCUCACCAGCUACAGUCCCAGCACAUGCAGCAGGCACUGACCCAGGCAUCGCACGGUGGUAACGCGCUCCACAACCACAACAGCAGCGGUGGCAAUGGUCCUGGUGGUGGCGGUGGAUCUGGUUCAGGCAGCGCCUGCUACUACGAGGCCGCCACCAAUGCGCCCGCACCGCCCAUGUAUCCCAGUAUGAGUGUCAAUGUGAGCAUGAACAUGACCAUGCAUCACGGCUAUGGAGCCGACGGCGGCCCAGUGCCCAUGCAGUGCUCCCAAAUGAACUGGACGCCACCGAGCAACUCCUCGGCGGCUGUCAAUGUGCUCUAUCCGCCGCUAUUGAGUCCUACGCACUAUCCAGCCUCGGCCACCUAUUCCUUUACAGCUGACUUUCGGGCUCCGCCGCCGACAGCUUUAGGCGCACUUCCCUCGCUGGCCGACAAGGAGUCGCCAUCGCCGCCCGCCUCUAGUACAGCAGCUGCCUUGGGCUACUAUGCGACAGGAGGUGUUGGCCAGGGCUAUACGCCGCCACAUAAGAGUCCCAGCUAUCAGGCAGCCGCCCUCAGUCUGGGUCUGGCUGCCUUUGAGGAUGAGGAGGAGAGCAUCGAGGAUGGAGAUGCCGAUGCCGAUGGUGAGGGCAGCGCCGGUGGCGAUAUGAAGCCGAAUUUGUGCCGCCUGUGCGGUAAGACAUAUGCGCGGCCCAGCACACUGAAGACGCACUUACGCACCCAUUCCGGGGAGCGGCCGUAUCGCUGUCCGGACUGCAACAAGAGCUUCUCACAGGCCGCCAAUUUGACGGCCCACGUACGCACACAUACGGGGCAGAAGCCGUUCCGCUGUCCCAUUUGUGAUAGACGUUUCUCGCAAAGUUCCAGCGUCACCACGCACAUGCGAACCCAUUCUGGAGAGCGGCCCUAUCGCUGCUCAUCCUGCAAGAAGUCCUUCUCGGACAGCUCCACGCUGACCAAACAUCUGCGCAUCCACAGCGGCGAGAAGCCCUACCAAUGCAAAUUGUGCUUGCUCAGAUUCUCGCAAUCGGGCAACCUGAAUCGGCACAUGCGCGUUCAUGGCAACAACGCGAAUGGAAGCGGCGCUGGCGGUGGCAGCGGCAACGGCAGCGGCAAUGGCAGCGGCAGCGGUGCUAACGGCUCUGCCGGGGCUGGAAGCGGUCUUAUUACAUGACAAAAGCCGCGCAGUGCAGGCGGUUUUCAGCAUUAUCAUCCCCCGCACACGCACCCGCACACGCACCCGCACACGCACCCACACACGCAUCCACAUGCGCAUCCACAUACGCACCCACACCACAUGCAUCACCACGCCCACGCUCAUAUGGCCAACUAUGACUACGGGAAUUACAGCAUCAGCGACUAUACUCCACCCGGCGCUACACAAAACUAUUCAGGGUAUUAUUUUUGCGCACUCAACAAGCCACCCAAAUUCGAGCGUUUCUAUUAGAGCCCGCAGAACUUGAAGUGGUCUCUAAAAAAACAGAUUAGAGCACUUCCUGGAGAGAAUACUGUUCCAGAAAGCAUUCAAAAGAAGAUAAAUGUAUUAGUUUCGGGACUGCAAAACCAAAAAACGAUCGUCCUUGAUUUAAUUGACAGUUUGACCAGCUUUCUGCUUUGAGUUUUGUCUCGUGAAUCUGGUUGGCCUGGUCUUAGUUCAGAUAUAUUUGUCACAUAUUUUCUAAAUAUUUCUGAAAUAAUUUAAUUCUUAAUCUUUAAUAGUUCUUUGAUAAAAAAUGGAUUCGUUAACGCCCUAUUCAAACAAAUAUUGUUAGAUAAAUGCAAUGGUUGACCCAAAUUAUCUAUGCCUUGAGGCUCGCUUUCCCUCAAGAAUUCUUUUUUAUUUUGAUAAGAACCAAAUCAUUUUUUUAAAUAACAUGUAAAAAUCGGCUCUUCUUAUGACCAGUUGUUUUGCUUUAAGAUUCGAUCCGGGUUCGGAAACGGUUUUGCAGCCUCGAUAAGCUUUACAUAUUAUCGCAGCUCUAGUUAAUAUUAUUAAUUGACUUCAGCUCUCUAAAAGCCCCAUUGAAAUGCAAUUGUAAAUGCUCAAAGUUUAAUUGAAAUCGACAAACACGAAGGAAACAAAAAAAAAAAAAAA